AUGGCUGCACUAAAACCAGUAAGUGAAGUAAAGAUAAAAGAAAGCGUAGAAGUUCGAUUUAGUUGGGAUAAAGACAAUAAAAUUUCAAAUUUAAUACAGAGUUUAUCAAAUUUUAAAUCUCAAAUGGAAUAUAAUAACAAGGAUUUUAAUGCUGACAAAUCAAAUCAGUACGAAAGUUGUAGAAAAGCUUUGGCUAACAUUUAUUGUCAUGAGCCAAGUUGGUUUGGGCCUGUUUUUCCUAAUGACAAUAUCUUAUCCGAACAAAAUAAAAUUGAUAUAACUCUUAUUAAAAGAGGUUAUACUAGAGUUCAAGAAAAAAUCAAAGAAAUUCGUCAGAAUUUUUCAUUAGCUGUAACAUCAGGUCAAAGGAGUGGAAGUGGAAAAAUAGUACUUGAAUUUUAUGAUCAUCUCGUUCAAAUAUGUGGAUCCCCAUCUAUAAAACCAUCAUUUUUUGGAAAAUCAACGUAUAAUGUUAAUAAGGAAAUUAUGGAUAAUAACAAAAGUGUAGAAAAUUUAACAUGUAGUACUGAAGACACCACAGUUAAAAAUACAGAUAAUGUAAAUCUAUGUUCAAGUUCAUGCAGUAUUGAGGACAAUAGUGUAGUUGAUUUUUCUUUAUUAUUACAGAGUCCAGAAACUUCAUCUGUUGAUAGUGAUAUCUCAACUAAAAAAAAGAAACGUAAAAAUGACAAUAAUGAAAUUGUUCCAAAAUUUAUUGACAAUAAGCGACGACACAUGCAGAGACAAUUGAGUGCAUCACAAAGAGAUCAAGUUUUGUUAAAUGAAGCAAAAGAAGAUGCUCAAUUUAAAAGAGAUAUCGCUGAAGCCAUUAGACAUUCUAAUGAAACAUUCUCAGCGUCAAUCGAGCGAAUGUCAGAAUUUAUUUUACAGGUUGCCCAGGGACUUUCUAGAUCAAUGGAAUUAUUAAUUCAGGGAAUGAAAACUAAUCAACAAUAAUUAAGGUGUAUAAUAAAAUUAGUACAUUUUAUAGUAACUUUAAUGAUUGCAA